AUGAAUUAUAAAUCAUUUAUUUUAUUUCUGCCUUUCUUACUUUGUUUUUGUUUGUGCGAAGUAAGUGAAGAAAAAAAGUCGAAGUUAUUGUCCGACUUUAUUAAUUAUUGUAACCUACGACCUGAUGCAAAUUAUAAGGCCAGUGAAGGAUUUUUACGAAGUAUUAGCGAAAUAGAUGAUAAAACAUAUCAAAUUGAGAUUGGUUUUAGUGCUAAACAUGAUGAUGAAUCCAAACUGAUGAAAUGUUCAGCUGGGAUACAGGACUUGGAUGAUAGAGGUAUUGCAGUUGUUAACAAUGCUAUAGAUUGUGAGGAAUUAGAGCAACAAGCUGCUGGGGAUGCUAGUCUCGAGGCUGCUGAAGUUCAAGCAGAAAGGAAACCGGUGUUGCUGGAAAAUGAAGAAAAUACUGAUACAGGGGUUGCGUCCGGAGAGCAGUUCAUAGCAAUACCUCGAAGUCAGCCAAGCGCACCUUGCAUUGGCUGCUCAUCACAUGUCAAUCCACAGGCACAGGGAGUUCAAGAUCUCGCUAACUUGGGAGUCAGGCACCUAGAUAUUCAUGAGCCGGGCGUGAGACAUAGCCUGGACUCUGUGAUAGAUGUGGAAAGACAAGUUCAAAUCGUUAAUGGGGUCCGGUAUAUUUUAACUCUAUCUAUUAAUUUCAAUAAUUGCACCGAAGCAUUAAGCGACAACUGUUUAUCUACUAAAACGUGCAGAAUCUCAAUUUUGGUUAAACCCUGGCAGACCUUACCCAGUGGUGCUAAAUAUAGAUCAAUCCUGUCCAAUAAUUGUACAGAAGAAUGGAUAUUUGAUGAUAAUGGCGAAGUCUUACCUGAAUCUACAGAUGGCGACGAUCAUAACAAAGAUGGGAGUACAUCUCCUGACACUGAUGAGAUAAAAGUCCAAAUAAACAAGGAUGUCCAAUCUGUGCCUGGUCAAGAAAAUACUUUAACGGCAGAUGAAAUCAAAGCGUUAGAAGAGCAAAUAGUACCAUAUGAUCAAGUUUCAUCAAGUUCUGAACCUGAUUCAUUAUCGCCACCCAUCAAAGAAACGAACAAGGACCAUGAGCUCAAAACUGAAGCAAAUCAGCUGUUCGUGGGAAAUUCUAUUCCGAAAACCGAGUGUAACAAAGCUGUAAACAAUUUAGAUCCGGAUAAAAAGAAAACUAUAGAUAAAUUGUUAGAAUUUAUGAAAUUUUCCGAUUUUAUCUUGGCCUAA